GCAAGGUGCAGUGAGAUAAAUAAGAUCUCUUUCUUCGCAAAUCCACAAUCGUGAGCUUGGAUAGGAUCGUCUCAACCUUCUUUUUCUUCUCUUCUUGCCAGAAACAGAAAGUUACCUACAUGUAAGCUCUUCAUUUUUGAUAGUUUGGCUCUGACAGAAGAUAAAAACACCAGGACAUUCUUCUCUACUUCUGGUAGGAGUUGUAAACAUUACCUCUACUUAAAAAUGCAGCAUAUUUAUAAACAAUCAAUCAGCAACCAUCGAACUGCGUAGAUUUCUUUCACUAUAAGUUGGGCAAGUGAAGGCAAUUGUUUUGAAUACAGACUGAGGUUUGGGGUGUCGCCUACAAAAAGUUGAAAGGCAUACGAUGGGUGAUAGUGCAGAGAACAUAGAAUUGACAACAAAACAACCUUCCAUUCUUGAAGCAGCCCUCACCAGUAAGAUACCAUAUCUUUGUAGCAUCUCAGACGUUAGUUACCUCGACCCUUCAGAACUUCCACCACCUCCGAAAAAGAAAUAUGUAUGUGGCGUUUGUAACUAUACCUGCAAGCAGCGAGGACAUCUUGAACGACACCAAAGAGUUCACACCAAAGAGAAACCAUUUUCUUGUGACCUCUGUGACAAGACCUGCUCCACAAAAGCCAAUUUGAAACAGCACAAGACUACCCACUCGCAUGAAAGACUGUUUGUUUGUGGCGAUUGUGGUACAGAUUUCUCCUGCAGUGCCGGUCUAUCUCAGCACAAACGCCGUGUCCAUUCGGGUAACAAACCCUUUGUUUGCGACUUCUGUGGUAAAGCUUUCCCGUUCAGCAGUGGACUUGCAAAACACAGACGAAGCCAUACUAAAGAGAAACCCUAUGCCUGUGAUAUUUGUGGUAGUUCUUUCUCACAGAGUGGGGGUCUACAAAAGCAUCAAAUAGUCCAUACCAAAAUCAAACCAUAUGUUUGUGGAUUGUGUGGUAAAGGGUUUCCAUUUAGAAGCAAACUUGCCGAGCAUCAACGGAUUCACAAUCCAGAGGAUGCAUUGGCGUGUGACCUUUGCGGGAAAACUUUUAUUUACGGCAGCAGACUGUCCGAACAUAAGAGAUCCCAUACUCUAGAAAAACCCUACGUUUGCGAUAUCUGUGGGAAAGCCUUCCCCCAGAGUCAUCGUCUAGCAAUUCAUAAAGAAAUCCACUCGCAAGACGGACCACUGUUCUGCGAUGUUUGCGGUAAAUCAUUCGCACAUAGGAGCCGUCUCGUUGAGCAUACACGAAUUCACACCGAGGGGAAAUCAUUUGUUUGUAAUCUAUGCGGGAAAGCUUUCCCAUGGAGCAGUGAUCUCAUAAAACAUAACAGAACACAUACUAAAGAAAAACCUUUUAUUUGCGAUAUCUGUGGUAAAGGGUUCAGUGUACGAGGAAGUUUGACAACUCACUAUAGAAUCCACACACAGGAGAAACCUUUUGUUUGCAAUUGUGGAAAGGCUUUCGCUUGGAUUAGUGGUCUAACGAGUCAUCAGAAAAUCCAUUCCAAAGACUCGUCUUGUAGUAGUUAUCGUAAUGUCAAUGAAAAUAAAGAACAUCAAAUCAACAAAGAACCAACAUGUGUAAAGGUUUGUGACAAUGAACAUAGUGAACAUCAAUUCAACGAAGAACCAAUUACAUGUGUAAAUGUUUGUGACAAUCCAAAUGGUGACUAUCAAAUCAACAAAGAACCAAUUACAUGUUUAAAUGUUUGUAACAAUGAAAGUAGUGAACAUCAAAUCAACGAAGAACCAAUUGCAUUUGUAAAUGUUUGUUACAGUGAAAGUAGUGAACAUCAAAUCAACGAAGAACCAAUUGCAUUUGUAAAUGUUUGUUGCAGUGAAAAUGGUGAACAUCAAAUCAAGGAAGAACCAAAUACAUGUGUAAACGUUUGUGAGGAAAAUUCCUCAGAUAGAUAAAAAAGAAAACACUGAGGAUAUCUCGCCAGUUCAAGUAAACAAAACAGAAUGAUGAAUUCUCUCAAUUUAUCCAACAAUGUAUUUUUUGUAGGAUCCCUACUGCUGUAAUGUCUGAAUCCUUCCUAAUCAACUGUUUUGUAUACUGUAAAAUUUUGUAGGAUACCACCUCAAUGAUCCUCCAAAAUCAAACGAUUCGAGUUUUAUGUUGGAUCCCUACCGCCUCAUUCCCCCAACACAUUCGUUUAUUUUUGAAGGGCUUGAAAUGUUAGAAAUUCAAUGUUUCUAUGCAAACACAAGUUACCAAAUUCUACAGUUUUAUGCCUUGAACUUACAUGUAGUUUUUGAUGGGGAACAUCAACUUUUUACUGCGUAAGUCCACUUGCGCAACGUUUAUGGCUCAACUUACGCAAUAAAUGUUGCACAUGGGGACUUACGCAGUUGCGUAAAGUUUUGUGAAAUCGGCUGCAGGGCUGUAUUGGAAAUUUACAAAGAACGCCACAGCAAAAACACAGGGCACCAUGACAAAAUGCUUUGUGUGCUGCAGGUCAAUUCAAAGGCUAUGGUCAACCUUUGUUACCAAGAGCACUGGUAUAAUGAGGUUAUACUUGUUUCUUAAGUUUCAAAUCUCAUUUCUGCUUAAAUUUUUAUUUGUUUACUGUCCUCUUAAAAGAGGUAAUUGGGCCUAUCUCACCAAUCUUGUUAUAAAAGACUUGACUGUAAUGAGAGAAGAUGUACCUGUAAUGUGUCACCAAAUUGCAGAGGUGUAUUUUUUAUGCCACGUUACGUUGACAUGCCUCCAAUUAUGUUCAAAUACUCGAUUCUGAACCCAAGAUAAUGUAUGACAUUACCUGUUAUCAAAUAUUUCCAUAUGCAACCUUUUGUAUAAUAAUUAGAUGCUCAUUUAUGAUAUUUGUUGUGAAUAAACCAGUAAUAAGUUUUGCAUGAGAAUUUGUCGGAUUGUCU